UCAUAUUCUCUUGCCACUUCAUGCCUUACUCCACGUCCUUAGCCCUUUGCAAUUGCUUAAAAACUACAAAGCAUAUAUGACUCUAUUGUUCCCUCUGCUUCACGCCCCAUUUGAAGGCAGGCUCAACUUCUGUUUCCUCCCCAAGAGCUUCUUUUUGUUCAUAAGCUGCUGUAGAAAUGGGUUUGGCACUAUCUCGAUUCGUGAAGAUGCUUUUUGCAAGGAAAGAAAUGAGGAUUCUGAUGGUAGGUCUUGACGCUGCUGGAAAAACCACCAUCCUCUACAAGCUGAAACUUGGGGAAAUUGUCACCACAAUUCCUACUAUUGGUUUCAAUGUGGAAACUGUAGAAUACAAAAAUGUUAGCUUCACCGUUUGGGAUGUAGGAGGGCAGGACAAGAUUCGACCAUUAUGGAGACACUACUUCCAGAACACCCAGGGUCUUAUCUUUGUGGUGGAUAGUAAUGACAGAGAGAGAAUUUUAGAAGCAAGAGAUGAGCUCCAUCGGAUGCUAAGUGAGGAUGAGCUGCGUGAUGCAAUUUUGCUAGUAUAUGCCAAUAAGCAGGACCUUCCAAAAGCCUUGAGUGUUUCUGAAAUCACUGAUAAACUAGGCCUGCAUUCACUCCGCCAGCGCCGAUGGUACAUUCAAGCUGCAUGUGCCACUAAUGGGCAAGGACUUUAUGAAGGACUUGAUUGGCUAUCCAGCAACAUCAGUAGCAAGGCAAGAUAAGCACAAAUUUAGGUCUUAUGCACCUUUGUUUUUGGAGCCAUUAUGCCAUAAAGAUUCAGCGACCCUGCAAUUGAACUUUGUGACUUUUACACGAAGUGAGAAGGCAUAUAUUUUAAGCUUUACAUGUGUAUUGUGUGUGAAUUUGAAAAACUACUGUAAUCACAAUACGAUUUGGUGCUAUACCAUUGGGGGGGCGUCCCUUCUCCCAAUGCCACAGAUUACUAAUAUUUGCCAACAGAAAAGGGGAAAUAGGUCUAAAAAUUAUAUGGCUUUUGAUUAGUUGGAAAUCGAUCAAUAAAGGCAUAAUUCUAAUUCUA